AUGGCGCCUGUAAAGAGAAAGGCUGUAGCUGACGAGCGGCCGAGUAAGAAGGCCAAGUCUGCAGACGACAAGGAGGACGUCAAGGAGCAGAAGCCGCGGAAGUCGCAGGAUGGCGAGAAGAGAGAGCCCAAAUCUGCGCUGAAGUCGAUCUUGCAGCAGGAGGAGAGGGCAUUUCCACGUGGCGGCGCAGGUGUAUUGACGCCGAUCGAGCGGAAGCAGAUUCAGGCACAGGCCGAGCGCGAUGUGCUGAUUGAGGAGGAAGGCGGCGUUGCGAAUGCUGCCGACGAAGACGGAGAGCUGUUCGAUGAAGAAGCUGCGGCGCCGGCGAAGAAGAAACAGAAGAAGAAGCGGGAUGGGGAGAAGGGCGACAAGAAGGUGAAGAUCACUGAAGUGCGCAAGGAAGGUCUCGGCUACAAGAAUCUGGUGGUCGGCAGCUCAGUGCUGGGGCGUGUGACAGCCAUCACCGGACGAGAUGUUGCAUUGGCUCUACCGAACAACCUGACAGGAUUCGCGCCCAUACUGUCUGUCUCCGAACGACUCACAUCCCGCAUCGAACGCGUACUAGCGAGCGACGAGAAGCCCGAGGACGAGGACGACGAAGAUGUGGACCUCAAGCAGUUGUUCUAUGUUGGCCAAUGGCUGAGAGCUUCGAUCACGGCGAUGGGUACAGAGCCGAAGGACGGCAGCAAAAGCAAGAAGCACAUCGAGCUGUCGCUGGAUCCGGUUUCGGUCAAUGGCGCUCUUGGCGAAGAGAAUGUGGUCCCCAACAGCACAGUCCAGGCCGCUGUCCGCAGUGUCGAGGACCAUGGUAUUGUCAUGGACCUUGGCCUAUCGGACAAUACUGUCAAAGGCUUCGUCAGCAAGAAGGCUCUUGGAUCCGCGUACAGUCUCGACCAAGUCCAAGAAGGCCAGGUCAUGCUUUGUCUCGUCACGGGCAAGGCGAGCAAUGGAAAGGUGAUCAACCUGACACUGGACCCAAGCAAGUUCUCGAUCGCAGCAAGAGAAGGCAAAGACAAGGACAAGCUGCCACUUGUUGGUGAAGCGCCUAGUGUAGAUGCCUUCCUACCAGGUACGGCGGUUGAUGUGCUGGUCACAGAGACUGGUCCCAAGGGUAUCGCCGGCAAGAUCAUGGGCAUGCUGGACGUCACAUCAGACGUGGUUCACUCCGGCGCUGGCAGUGUUACCGACAUGAACAAGAAACACAAAGUGGGAUCAAAGGUGAAGGCUCGUGUCAUAUUCUCCAUACCCCAGGACGAUGGCGCUCGCAAAGUGGGAGUUUCACUUCUCUCGCAACUGGUUGGUUUGACUCCACCAACUUCGAAGCUCGGCGUAGCUGCUUCUUCCAAGACGAAGACAGAGGCGAACGAGCUGAGCCAACCACUUGCGCCCUCUUCAAUUGUCGACGAUGCAAAGGUCACAAGCGUUGUUGCUGACCGAGGAAUCUUCAUGGACCUCACCGAUGGCAGGAAGGCUUAUGCACACAUCUCGCAGCUGUCAGACAGCAAAACCGAUUCUAUAUCGACGACUGGACCAUUCAAGCCAGAGAGUACACACAAGGCCAGGAUUCUUUCAUACAACCCCGUGGACAACAUCUACUACGUGUCCUUGAAGAAGUCAAUCCUCGGCCAGACCUUCCUUCGCCUCGAAGACUUGCCCGUGGGUGAUAUCGUCACCGGCACCGUGGACAAGCUCAUUCUCGGCGGCAAGAGUGGUGUGACUGGUGUGCUCGUCAAGCUUAGCGACAGCAUUACUGGGCUGGUCCCUGAGAUGCACCUGAGCGAUGCUCACUUGUCGCAUCCAGAGCGCAAGUUCCGAGAAGGAUUGCCCCUAAAGGGCAGAAUACUGUCAGUUGACACGGAAAAACGACACGUGCGUGUCACGCUGAAGAAGUCACUGGUAGAAGACUCAGCCACUGUAUGGAAGGACUACAGCGGUUUGCAGCCCGGAAUGGAGAGCAAAGGAACUAUUGUGAGCUUACUGCCACAUGGUGCUGCAGUGCAAUUCUAUGGUCCUGUCAGAGCUUGGCUACCUGUCGCGGAGAUGAGUGAAACAUUCAUUGAGAAACCAGAGAAGCACUUCCGACUUGGCCAGACGGUGACCGUCAAAGUGCUGUCCGUCAGCCCAGAGACCCAAGAAAUGAAGGUGACUUGCAAGGACAGCAGCACUUUUGACGACGAGCAACAGACUGCUUGGGAUGAAGCAUCUGGAGGUCAACUCGUCAGUGCCACAGUCUCGGAGAAGCUCGCAGAUAGCAUUGCGGUGGAUCUGGAUAGUGGUAUUCGAGGAACCAUCAGAAUCGGACAUGUACUGGACGGCUCAGCCAGUAAGGCAGAGAAAGAGCUGAAGCGCAUUCGAGUUGGGCAGAAGCUUACGAAUCUGCUUGUACUGAAUAAGCAGGAUCGCAGCCACACCGUCGUCCUGAGCAACAAGCCUUCGAUGGUCGAAGAUACAAAGACGGGCGCCUUGAUCAAGUCAUUCGCUGACGCUCGCCAGGGCAAGAGAGUGCAUGGGUUUGUCCGAAAUAUCACACCCGAGGGCGUGUACGUCGAGUUUGCAAAUGGCGUUGUCGGGCUUGUACCGAAGACCCAGAUCUUGGCGGAUCUCCUGACACAACCCAGUUUUGGUUUGAGGAAAGAUCAGACUGUCGUUGCGUAUGUUACUGGUACGGACGAUAUCCACGAGCGAUUCAUUCUGAGCAUGCGUGAGCAAGCUGCCACGAACGGCCUAGCGACAAAGGUCAAGCCAGCAGCGGUCGAGCAAGCAGGGAACCCCGUGGACACUUCAAUCAGCUCGUUGGCUGACAUCACGCUCGGCAGGGUUGUGAAAGCGCGCAUUGUGUCCAUCAAGGCCACACAGAUCAACGUCCGCCUUGCUGAUAACGUCCGAGGUCGCAUAGACGUGAGCGAAGCUUUCGACUCAUGGGACGAGAUCACCAACAAGGCAGCACCUCUCCAGAAGUUCAAGCAAAAUGAGAUCGUCGACGUCAAGGUGCUCGGUAUCCACGAUGCUCGUAACCAUCGCUUCCUUCCUAUCAGCCACAGACAAGGCAAGGUUCCUGUCUUCGAACUCUCUGCCAAGAAGUCAAGAGUGGACGCUUGGGACGAAUCGUUACUUGGUCUGGACUCAGUCAAACCUGGCUCGACACAUCUGGCGUUCGUCAACAACCAUGGCGAUAACUGUGUAUGGGUCAACUUAUCACCGAAUGUCAGAGGUAGGGUGGCUCUGAUGGAUUUGUCUGACGAUGUUGGGCAACUGCAGAAUGUCGAGAACCGCUUCCGUGUUGGCUGUGCUCUCCGUGUCAAAGUCAAGAGCGUCGACGUGUCGGCCAACAGGCUCGACCUGACAGCUCGCCAAAACGAGACGUCGGAAGUCAAAACUCUGAAGGAUCUGAGGGCAGGCAUGGUCAUUCCGGCUAGAGUCACCAAGACCACAGAGCGACUCGUCAACGUGCAGAUUACAGACACCAUUGCUGGUGUCGUCCCACUGGCUGAGCUUAGCGACGAUUUCGAGCAAGCUAACCCGGCACAGCACAACAAAAACGAUAUCGUCAGAGUCUGCGUUCUUGCUGUUGAUGCACCCAACAAGAAGAUCUUUCUCAGUCUUCGGCCCAGCAAAGUCCUGUCUUCCAGUCUACCCACCAAAGAUGCUCAGGUCAAUGACACUGCUAGCCUGAAGGUCGGCGACAUCGUGAGAGGUUUUGUCAAGCAAGUGACCGACAAGGGUGUCUUCAUCUCGCUUGGCGCCACAGUUGACGCCCUGGUCCGCAUCUCGGAUCUUAACGAUCGAUUCGUCAAAAAUUGGAAGAGCCUGCACGAAAUUGAUCAGCUUGUCAAAGGCCGCAUCUUGUCCAUCGACAACGCUACGAAGCAGGUGCAGAUGAGCUUGAAGCAAAGCCACGUUGACGGUAACUACACGCCACCGCUCUCCAUUGAUGACCUGAAAGCUGGAGACACAGUCACCGGCAGAGUCCGCAAAGUGGAAGACUUUGGCGCUUUCGUCGACAUCGACAAUACUCAGCCAAGACUGUCUGGCCUGUGCCAUCGAAGCGAGGUUGCAGCCAGACGGGUGGAGGACGUCAGAAAACUUUACAGCACUGGCGAUGUCGUCAAAGCCAAGGUGCUCAGCGUCGACGUUGAGAACCGCAAGAUCAGUCUCGGGCUAAAGGCAAGCUACUUUGACGAUGAGGACGAGGAAGAAGACGAGGAAGAAAGCGAGGAUGACAAUGUCGAAAUGGACCUCGGUGAGACUGGCGGUGUCGAGGUCGAGGAAGAGAGUGAUGCAGAAGGUGGUGUCAACCUCGAUGACGUUCAGGACAUGGACAGUGACGAGGACGAUGCUGCAGAUGGCAUGGAGAUUGAUGACGAACCGGCUGCAAAGUCCACAGGUGGCCUCAAGACCAACGGCUUCGACUGGAACGGGGAUGUGCUGGAUACCAACACCAACGGAGCAGGCUACGAGUCAGAACCCGACACCACCGCGACCAAGAAGCGCAAGCGUAACAAGCCCGAGAUCAAGGAAGAUUUGACUGGCGAUCUGGACAAGUACGGCCCACGCAGUGUAAGCGACUUCGAACGACAACUCCUUGGGCAGCCAAACAACUCAUCGCUCUGGAUCCAAUACAUGGCCUUCCAGAUCCAGCUCAGCGAACUUGAUGAAGCCCGAAAGAUAGCCGAACGUGCCUUGAGGACUAUCCACAUCCGCGAGACAGAAGAAAAGCUCAACGUGUGGGUCGCGUGGCUCAACCUUGAAGUCGAGUAUGGCGACGAGGAGCACGUAGACGAAGUCUUCAAGGAAGCUUGCCAAGUUCAAGACUCUCUCGAGAUGCACGAGAAGCUAGCUUCCAUCUACAUCAGCUCCGGCCAGCUUGAGAAGGCCGAUAACAUCUACGAACGUAUGAUCGGCAACAAGAACUUCAGGGCUGUGCCGGAUGUAUGGCUCAACUACGCCACGUUCCUGAUGAACGACAAGCAUGCUGCAGAACGUGCACGAGCACUUCUCCCCAAGGCCAUGCAAUCAAUCCCCAUGCCAAAACAUCGAGACCUAACCGCCGACUUCGCCGCACUCGAGUUCAAAACGAAGCACGGUGACGCCGAGCGUGGACGCACCAUCUUCGAGAACAUCCUCGCCGAGUGGCCGAAGUGGUCUGCUGGAUGGGACCGCUUCCUAGACCUUGAGCGGUCACGAGUCAGCAGGGCCAAGGACGAUGCUGAGAAGAAGGACGCGAUCGACAAAACGAGAGCACUAUUCGGGCGUGUGGCUGCGCUGAAGAUGAAAAAGAGGCGCGCGAAGUUCGUGUUUAAGAAGUGGUUUGAGUUUGAGGAGAAGGAGGGGAGUGAGAAGGAGAUGGAGAGGGUUAAGGUGUUGGCGAAGGAGUGUCAUGAGAGGUUGGCGGCGAAGGGUGAGGAGGCGGAUGAGGAGUAG